GCUGUUUGCUUUCCGUAGUGUGUGGUUUUGACAUGCAUGAGUUUGGUAGCAUUUUGGAUUAAUGCAUUGAGUUAACGUGAACAACCUGUUAGCUACGAUAGUGUGCCGUAGCCGCUUCUGGGAAUAUUCGUUUGUCUGCUUUUAUUACUCCCAGUGAGUGAAAGUGAUGGCGAAUGACCGACUGCGAGCUUUGGAGGAGGUUGAGAAUCAAGUUGCAACGAUUCUGCAGUGCGCCGGUAACAUCGUGUUGGAGCUGUCUAAAGACAAGCACAACGCCAGUUUCCUGGACAGACAGCUUAGUCAGUUUACUGUCUCGGUCAACAGAGUGGAGACUGAACUCAGCUCACAGAUCAAAUACCUCACACAGGUUGCCACAGGCCAGCCCCACGAAGGCUCCACAUACUCAGCUAGGAAGGACUGUCAGAUGGCCCUGAACAGAGCAGAGUACGCCAGGGUCAAACUGGGAGAGCUGGGACGCACCUGCGAAGUCAUGCUGGAUCCACAACCCUGAGAGAAAACACACACCAGAACGAUGGUCGGGAGAGCGCUGUAGGUGGACAUUUCCAUCGCUUGUUGUCACCGUAGUGUGUUAGCACCACCUGCUGAAGAGAGGUGGGGAAUGAAAUACUUUUUUUUUUUUUUUUUUUAUAUGAUAUUAGUCAGAAAAUGUAUCUGGCUAUGUUUUGUAUUAAAGUUUGUGUUUCAUUACAUUACCCUAUUUGUUUGAUAUAUUCAUUUAUAUUUUAUACACACAGACAGUACACACACUAACAAAUAAACAGACUGAGACCUGUUUUGUAUGUUAACUGUUUUUUAUUUUUUACAUUUUCUAAAAUGCAGUACAAAAUAAAGAAGCGACAUAUAUUCUCCAAUGUUUUUAAACAUUUUAUAAUCUUUUCCAUUUUUUUUCCCCAUUAUGAUUUUGUUCAAUUUUAUUGACUAAAAUAACAUAUUGCUUAUACAGUAUCUUGGUUUCCUUAACAAUAUACUUUGUCUUACUUUAUCUGUGAAUUAAUUACAUUAUCUGGUAGCAUUUAAGUAUAGUUCUCUAUGAAUCUCAAUUUUAGUAGUAGUAAUAGUUGUAGUAGCUUAAAAUUGUCCUUAAAAUAAAAUUCGGACUCAAUAGUUACACAAUAGUCUACAAACCAACAUGAUUCCGUGCGUUUCCAUGGAUACCUCAACUAAGGUGGAGGGGAACUAAAAGAGAAGAUCUUUGUUUUUAAAGGGGAAGUUCAGUAUUUUACUGAGUAUUCUAUGGGAAACUAAUCCAUGGUUAAGUUGUGAAAUACUGGACUCCCACUUUAAGUUUUUUGUUUUUCUCUACACUUGACUGGUUUACAGACCGACGAGGACAAUCACCAUUCAGAUUUACAAAGGAAAAGCUGGUAACACUACUACCUGAAGUGGUCUCUUGCAAAGUCUUAUAAUGCCUUAUAAACAUUCAUAGCAUCUUAUGAUGCAGUCAUAAAACAUGAUGUAGCUGUAUAUUAAAGCAGGCACAAGAGGCCCCCUUAGCUGUGACAUUAUCAAUAUAUGACAGGCUUUCAUGCCUUAUUUCUUUUACACAGUUUCAUCAUCCUUUAUGGCUGUUUAUAAGGGUGCUAUGAAGGUUCAUAAGGCAUUAUACCGCUUCAUAAGAGGCCACUUUAAAUACAAAAAAGCUCAUUGUAACAUUUACAUGGUCCCUAAGAGAGUUUCUGGAGGCUCUAAAAGUUCUAUAUCACUAAAUUGUUCAUAUUGUUUUAAGACAUUGCAUUUUUAGAAUGCCAUGCGUCGAUCCAUUCAUAACAUGAACAGAGUAUGAGAUUUAUUACCUUCUUAUGAACCUUUAUAACCUAACUGUGAAGCGUCAUGAUUAGUGUGUUGUGACUGACAUCAUCACACCCAUAUAAAUAUAAUUACUACAAGGGAAAUAAACAUGACUUGAAUGGGGAUGUCAAUUCUAGAAAUUAUAUUUCUAUGAUUAAACCCUGUUUACAACCUCAGCCUAUGACGUCAUCCUCUGGGAGUUAGUAACAGUAUGGUGGAUUCAAAGGGGUAAAAACCAACUAAUGUGCAACAUUGUUCGUUAACGUGACCAU